AUGGUUAAGGCGCAAGACGGAGGCUCUCCUCCACUCAGUAGUAAUGCUACUGUCACCAUCUUCAUCCAAGAUCAGAACGACAACACGCCUCAGGUUCUGUACCCAGUCCAGACUAGCAGCUCUCUGGUGGCUGAAAUGGUGCCUCGUUCAGCAGAUGUGGGAUAUCUUGUCACUAAAGUGGUGGCUGUUGAUGUAGACUCUGGACAGAAUGCCUGGCUCUCGUAUAAACUGCAGAAAGCGACAGACAGGGCGCUGUUUGAAGUGGGCUUACAGAAUGGAGAAAUAAGAACUAUACGUCAAGUCAAUGAUAAAGAUGCUGUGAAACAAAGGCUCACUGUUGUAGUGGAGGACAACGGGCAGCCCUCUCGUUCAGCUACAGUCAAUGUUAACGUGGCGGUGGCGGACAGCUUCCCUGAAGUGCUCUCGGAGUUCACUGACUUUACGCACGACAAGGAGACGACUGACUCCAGAAAGAGUGACUGUAAGUUCGUCAGACCCUGUAGUCAGAACGUACUGAUAAUGGACCCCAGUUCUACAGGGACGAUGCAGCGGAUGCAGAGUGAACAGAACAUCCUGGAUGAACCAGACUCUCCACUAGAGGCGCAAGACGGAGGCUCUCCUCCACUCAGUAGUAAUGCUACUGUCACCAUCUUCAUCCAAGAUCAGAACGACAACGCGCCUCAGGUUCUGUACCCAGUCCAGACUAGUAACUCUCUGGUGGCUGAAAUGGUGCCUCGUUCAGCAGAUGUGGGCUAUCUUGUCACUAAAGUGGUGGCUGUUGAUGUGGACUCUGGACAGAAUGCCUGGCUCUCGUAUAAACUGCAGAAAGCGAUGGACAGGGCACUGUUUGAAGUGGGCUUACAGAAUGGAGAAAUAAGAACUGUACGCCAAGUCACUGAUAAAGAUGCUGUGAAACAAAGGCUCACUGUUGUAGUGGAGGACAACGGGCAGCCCUCUCGUUCAGCUACAGUCAAUGUUAACGUGGCGGUGGCGGACAGCUUCCCUGAAGUGCUCUCGGAGUUCACUGACUUUACGCACGACAAGGACUACAAUGACAACCUGACUUUUUACUUAGUCUUGGCUUUGGCUACAGUCAUAGCUGUAAUGAGCGUCCACGACCCAGACUCUGAUAAUAACGGAGUGGUGGACUGUGUUUUAACUGAAAAUAUUCCCUUUACCAUUAAAUCUACAUCUAAUGGCUUCUAUAGUCUAGUAACAGACAGUGACUUGGACCGAGAGAGAGCGUCUGAGUAUAGCAUCACUGUGACGUGCUCUGAUGAGGGAGUGCCCUCGCUCUCCAGCAGCGUCACUCUCACCUUACAUAUAUCAGAUGUGAAUGACAACGCGCCUGUCUUUGAGAGGAGCUCAUAUGAGGCCUACAUUAUAGAGAACAACACACCGGGCCUCUCUAUAUUCACAGUGAAAGCCAGAGACGCUGACUGGAACCAGAAUGCCCGUGUUUCUUACAUACUGGAGGACUCCUCGGUUAACGGAGUGCCUGUCUCAUCAUAUGUGUCCGUUAGUGCUGACAGUGGAGUCGUCCAUUCAGUGCGCUCUUUUGACUACGAGCAGAUCAAGAAUUUCCAGUUCCGCGUAAAAGCGCAGGAUGGAGGCUCUCCUCCACUCAGUAGCAAUGCGACUGUGAAAAUAUUGAUCCAGGACCAGAAUGACAACACGCCUCAGGUUCUGUAUCCAGUCCAGACUAGCAGCUCUCUGGUGGCUGAAAUGGUGCCUCAUUCAGCAGAUGUGGGAUAUCUUGUCACUAAAGUGGUGGCUGUUGAUGUGGACUCUGGACAGAAUGCCUGGCUCUCGUAUAAACUGCAGAAAGCGACAGACAGGGCGCUGUUUGAAGUGGGUUUACAGAAUGGAGAAAUAAGAACUAUACGCCAAGUCACUGAUAAAGAUGCUGUGAAGCAAAGGCUCACUGUUGUAGUGGAGGACAACGGGCAGCCCUCUCGUUCAGCUACAGUCAAUGUUAACGUGGCGGUGGCGGACAGCUUCCCUGAAGUGCUCUCGGAGUUCACUGACUUUACGCACGACAAGGAAUACGGAGAUCAUAUGUUCACCUACUCUGCGCCUCACAAAGCCCCAGCAGUCUAA